UGAAGAUGCUCAUAAAUAUAUUCAUUUCAGUAGCUUGCUUCACGGGUUUGUAUUCAUAUUCUAUUGAGUGUCUGUCUAUAUAUACAACCCCCAAUACAUUGGUUUCUUCCUCAUACGAAACACUUUUGUACUAAUAAUAACUUUAGAUUAUUUGUCACCAAUCAUGCCAAGAUCGCUUCUCCUCCUCCUACUCCUCGCAGUUGUCUUCCUCCCAACACAUCAUGCGUCAGUGGAUUUCACCCGUCAACCACCACGACCCCUUGUUUACACCUAUCAUGACGGUCCAGAAUCUCAUCCUCAACAGGUGCAUGUGUCAUUGGUUGGAAAGCAGUACAUGAAAAUUUCAUGGGUGACUGAGGAACGCAAUGUGGCGUCAAUAGUCAACUAUGGAAAAAUUCCGGGGAAAUACGACUCAUCGGCUACUGGAAAUUCAACAUCUUACCAUUAUUUCUUAUAUACUUCUGGGGAGAUCCACCAUGUCACAAUCGGACCCUUAGAUCCGGCCACAAUAUAUUACUAUCGUUGCGGUGGCUCUGGCCCUGAGUUUAACUUUCAAACACCGCCGGUCAACUUUUCGAUCGAGUUUGUAGUUGUUGGUGACCUUGGACAGACAGAAUGGACUAGCUCAACCUUGGAGCAUAUUAAUGCAAGCAAUUAUGAUGUUUUGCUCCUCCCUGGCGACCUAUCCUAUGCUGACACACAACAACCACUAUGGGAUUCAUUCGGGCGACUGGUCCAGCCAUAUGCUAGCCGUAGACCAUGGAUGGUUACCCAAGGGAACCAUGAACAAGAAAUAUUCCCAAUCAUCUACCCCAAAGGGUUUAAGGCCUACAAUGCCCGUUGGCCCAUGCCAUACGAAGAAAGUGGCUCCAAUUCAAACCUUUAUUACUCCUUUGAUGUAGUCGGGACUCACAUCAUUAUGUUAGGGUCAUACACCGAUUUUAGUGUUGAUUCCGAUCAAUACAAGUGGUUAAUGAACGACUUAGCAAAAGUGGACAGAUCACUAACACCAUGGCUUAUUGUGCUGCUUCAUGCCCCGUGGUAUAAUUCCAACAUGGCUCAUCAAGGGGAAGGUGAAAGCAUGAGAUUAGCAAUGGAGAAAAUGUUGUAUGAUUCCGGAGUUGACAUGGUUUUCGCCGGCCACGUCCAUGCAUAUGAAAGAUUUACAAGAGUUUAUGCCAACAACGCAGCUCCUUGCGGACCAAUAUACAUAACAAUUGGAGAUGGAGGCAACAGAGAGGGUCUUGCCAUGGCAUACAAAGAACCUAGUCCUUCAAUAUCGCUAUUCAGGGAGGCAAGCUUUGGGCAUGGUCGUUUGAGAAUAAUCAACGAGACCCAUGCUCACUGGUCAUGGCACCGCAACGAUGACUCUGCCUCAGUUGUGGCUGAUGGUGUUUGGAUCGAGUGUUUAAGCUCCUUGCCUUCAUGUGGCCAAAUCAAAGGAAAAGUGCCUAAACACGAUGAGCUUUGACCAUCUUUCGUCUAACAUUUAAGUGUGCAUUAUAGAUAUAGUUACUUCUCUAAUACGUACUUAGUCUUGUUGGAAAUUUUAGUGAAAAUGAGUUUACCACUAAAUAUUUUGGACAUUAAUAAUAUUUAUAUAUGUGUUGUAUAAAUAAUUAUUUAUGGUUUGUGUUC